AUGAAACAGGCCAACCAGAUUGCAUCCCAGUUGAGGGAUGCUGCGACCGUCUCACCCCCAGUACAGCUCACUCUCGCCAACCCACAGACCCUGACAGCAGAACUGCCGUUGCCUCCUCUUCACACCCACACACCUACACACACACACACUUGCAUUGCGUUGCUGGGCUGCAGUACAACAGACUACCCACUACACUACAGGGUUAUUGUGGUUCAUUUACACACUCUUCCGCUGCCUCCAGGAUAA